AUUGGAAGUCAUAUAAUUUACAAAUUUAUUAUUAUUGGUUGAAGAAGUAUGUCUUAAGAACCCCAUUACUUAAAUUGACAAAGAUUUUAAUGUAAGCUGUCAAAAAUCGAACUGAUUAGACAUUUAUCGAUUUUUUCCUACUUAAUAAAAAUCAAAGUUUUCCGCCAAAUUAAUCAGUAAAGCAUCUUAAAAUGUUAUGUGCAAACAGCCAUCUAAAUUUGAACGCAUCGGCCAGAGCGAAACGGAUCAAAGUAUGGAUCAACGGCAAACCGGACUGCUACCAAAUGACGCUCAACCAGAAGGAGUUCAGAACGUGGAAUUCCAUCCUGUUGCAUCUGACCGACGUGCUGCAGCCGAACUUCGGCGCCAUUCGCAAGCUGAUCUCGUUGAAAACGCGCCGGGAGAUAUGGAAUUUCGAGGAGCUAUCCGACAACGAUAAGUACAUAGCGCUGGGCGGCACGUCGCAGACGCGCCUCCACAACCCCAACCAGUACAAGACCAACGUGGAGAUGGAGUUGUCGCGCAGGAAGUUCGUCAAGCAGCUGUACGUGGAGCCGCUGCAUUUCGGCGAGAGGAGAUUCCUCAACGAUUUACAGAAGAAGAACAUCAUAGUAAUUUGCGUGACGCUGAACGGUGUCAACGACCAGCCCCCGCAGAAGGUCGUUUUCAACAAGUUCGAUAUAAACAACUGGAGGAUCAUAAUUAACUACAUAACGAGGAUUAUGAGCGUGCCCGAGCACAUCGGGAAUAUUUGCACGAUACACGGGGCUUGUGUGAGAAACGCGAGCGAAUUUCAACCGGGAUAUCUCUAUGUGGUCGUUCCCAACAAUCGUUAUUUUGAGCAUAUUAAUUAUUUGAAAAUAUUCGAAAUAUACCAAGCCAACCGGAGCAAAAGAACGUCGUCGCGUGUAGAUAGACACCCGUUCAAAACGGAUUUCAUUAAAAUUCACAAUGUCGAUUAAGCUAAAAUAUAUAUUUUACUCGUUUGAUGUUUAAUCAAUCGUCUAGGCGCCACUCUCAACGCGAAUCGUAUCAAUUAAUA